UUUCCCAAAAUCCCCACACAGCUAAGCACCCUCAAAAAGUCAAGCACACCCAAAAAAAUUCACCGCUAUGUAGCCCCUAAAGUCACGAAACCCCCUAAAAGAAUCAAGCUGGUCACGUUCACAGGUGACUGAUAUUUGGAUAGCUUGGAUGGGAAAUUUUGUACGCUGAAGAAGGUGUUGAAGUAUCUAGUGAAGAAGUAUCAGGUGGAGAAAUGUAAGAUUAAGGAUAUUGUGUACAGGUAUUGUUUGGUGAGGGAGGGGAAGAUAGUUGUUAGAGCAGUGGAGGAGAUCCAGGAUGAUGAGGAAUUGGUGUUGGUUAGGAGAAGUGUGACUGAAGCUGAUAGAGUGAGGAUGAGAGAGAUUUUUGGAGAGGUUGAGCAGGUUGAUGUUGGACCAGUCGAUUUGGACCUGAAUCGAGGUCUACAUGUGCUGGAUAGAGUUAAAGAGGUGCCAGAAGGAGAUCGACAAGCUGAUGAUAUCAAUGUAAAGAAGGUUAGUGAAGAUGAAUUAGAGAUAAAUGAAAGAGUUUUAGGCCACAUAGACCCCAAUGAUAAAACUUCAAGUGAUAUCGAACUUAAAAUUAAGAAAAUCAGUAUCCCAAGCAACCAAAUAAACAAAUCUACAUCCCUUUCUACCCCUCUCUCAAAGCCUUCAAAUUCCUCCAAACCUCCAAAAUCCUUCAAACCUCAAAAUUCCCUUCUCACACUCACAAUCCUCAAAUCCAGCCUUACAGACGCUCUCUUCACCCCUCCUACUCCUCCUCUCCCUCCUCCCUCCAUCCCUCUGGCUCCAUCCCUCAAGCAAGAGCCAGCCUCCUCUUCAUCCAAAGUCCCUCGCCCACAUGCUCUGCCUUACACUUCCUUCAUCACAAAGAAGCUGACCGUGAGUCAGCAGCUUCGAGCUUCCAAGCCACAAUCCCUUCUCUACACAACCUACGUAGGCCAGCACCAUAACAAAUAUGUGCUAUGAAGAACACCGAAUUUUCAAGAUUUUAUUGAGGUUUUUAAGUAUAUCAAGGAUAGGUAUUCUUUGGAGAAUUAUGUGAAGAAAAUUUCGAUGCAGAAGGGGUUUAGAGUGAUAGAAGGGAAGGAGAAAGGAGUGACGAAGAGGGAGUUUAGGUGUGAGAAGGCAGCUGAUGAGGAGGUGAAAUGUCCGUUUGAGGUGAGGUUUAAGAAGUUGCAUCUUGAUGAGUUUCAGAUGGAAAAGAGGUAUUACUUGGCAAGUUAUAGGGAUUUACACAAUCAUCCACUAGAUUUUGAGCUUAAGAAGAGUGAUAUGAGGAAUGAAAAUAAAAAUUCGGUUGAGAUUCGAGAGACCCUUGAUUUCUUAGAUGAAGAGGAACUUCCAAAAUAUUUUGAACUAAUUGCAAAGCUAUAUGGUAAAGAGAUCCUUCAUCCCAAGAAACGAGACAAAAAGAACAUUUCUAAGGAAUUACAAGAUACCUUAAAUUGCUCAUCAAAUGUCCUUACUGAGUAUUUCAACACCUUAUGUAUAAAAACUCAGGCUAAAAGCCCAAAACAAAUCCAACACAGCUACAAUCCAAAUCCUCUAAAAACACCCUACCAUCGCCACUCCUCGUCUGCUCGAUUCUAUGCCAUUUCCCUCCCAUCUAAAACUUCCACUUCUCAUAACUUAACUUUGCAUGAUAUAAACAAGUCGAAAAGUUACGCCAAAGAGAAAGAUGAUGAAGUAGUUGAGAUUAAAGUGCUAAAUAAGAAGAAAAGAAAAAAAUUAGCUCCUGUACGUAAGCUAGAUUGGAGUCAUUCAAGCGGUGACUAUAAUUUUGAAUAAAUCUAUAAGCUAUUUUAAAACAUAUUUGUCAUUCUUUAAGGGGCUGGACAUUUGGAAAGCUUCUCUAUCAAUCAUCUGCUUUAUUUAGGAAAGAGACACAAUAAGAAUAUGAGAAUAGUUUGAUUAAUAAGCGACAUCAUUAGUAUUAUGCUACAAAUUAUAUUAACA